GUGUGGCAGUGGCAGCCGCAGCGCAGGCCCGCAGUUUCAAAGAGUAGCGCAGUUUGUUUUGGAUCUGCCGCUUUAAACUCUGUUGGGAGUUACAAUAUAACUUUUCGCGCUUAUUACUAAAAAAACGACCUCUGUGAUAGCAGUAAAGCAAUAAGAAAUGUGUUUGUGUUAUUUGAAACUGUUAGAAUGUUUCGUACAGUGGUAAGGUUAACGCCGUCUUUUCUUAUGCCUAUAUUUAGGAGUCGUAAUAACAACGACAAUGAUUUACUCAACAAAAAUGAAGACGCUUCUAAUAGUGGCUGGGAAAGGGUAAAAAAGAUGUAUACUAGGAAUGAGUUUGAAGAAGUAUCAUUUGAAUUACACAAUGUAAUACAAUCAGCGUGUUGUGGAGCAUUUGUUGGUGCAUGUUUUGGAGGGUUUGUCAAAUCAAGAAAUGCAUAUCUGUAUUUUAUAGAAAAUAACCAGGCAACAAUAUUCAAAUCUACUACUGAUGCAAAGAAAAAACUGCAAGAUCAUGUAACAAUAGCCUUUGCCAAAGGUGCAUACACUUAUGGUUGGAGAUUAGCAAUAUUUACUGGACUGUUUAGUUUAAUAGCUACCACAAUAUCAGUUUAUAAAGAUGAAACUAGUUUAGUCGAAUAUAUUACUGCUGGCGCGUUAACUGGAGCUCUUUAUAAAGCAAACUUAGGCUUAGCUGCUACAUUUGUUGGAGCAGGACUCGGUGCUGUGUUAAGUGCGAUAGCAGGUUUAGCAAUUUUAGGUUUAUUAAAAGUCACUGGAAUUACUAUGCAGGACAUUAGAAGAGCUAUGUACAGAAUCAAAGAAGCAAGACAAGACCAGUACAACCAAGCAUUGGAAAAGUCAGCAAAAAUUAAAAACGACGAACUCACGAUGCACCACGACUCUUUAGUAGCAAUGAAAGGAGAAAAGAAUGUAGGAGAAUUAGUAGAUUAAUUCCAAUGUCUUUCUUAAGAAAUGAUUUCAUUAACCAGUAGAGGUGCUACUGUAGAUGUUAUAAAGGAUAUAUUCUAUCUAGAUUCACUAUUUAUGAGUUUCUUUUGAAAGGAAAAUAUUAAUUUAUUUACUUUAACUUUUACAAUGAGUGGACUAGAGACUCUUUCUUCUUUGCCAUGUUAAUUGAGACUCACAAUGUUUACUCAAUAAAUUAUUCAAAUAAUAAUUGUCAUUUUGUUUAACUAAAUGGUGUUAAUCAAGCAGGGUAAUAAAAAAUCUGUCUGCAUUUUUAUUGUUAUAAAAAUUGAAUGUAAUCAUUUAAAAGGAGGUUUAACUGCUUUGCUCGGUGAUCACCAAAUAGCUAAUAAUCAUUAUUUUGUUUUAAGGUAGUAAAUCAAUAUACUUAUUUAAUUACGUUAUGU